CUUCAAGUUGGACACAUUCCACAGUCUGUGACAUAUCUAUCACUCUCAUAUUUCAAUCAACCACUUCAAGUUGGACACAUUCCACAAUCUGUGACACAGCUAUCAUUUUCAGCAUUCAGUAAACCACUUCAAGUUGGACACAUUCCACAAUCUGUGACACGUCUAUCAUUUAAAGCUUACGAUCAACCACUUCAAGUUGGACACAUUCCACAGUCUGUGACACGUCUAUCAUUUUCUGCUUUCGAUCGAUCACUUGAAGUUGGACACACUCCACAGUCUGUGACACAUCUGUCGUUUACAUAUUUCAAUCAAUCACUUCAAGCUGGACACAUCCCACAGUUACAGAUCAAGGUUAAUAACUAUUCACCUGAACUUACGGAGCAUUGCCCAAACCUUGUAGGC